CCUCGGUGAACAAUAAUUUCCAAGCUGAUAAGUCGAGUGUGUCGGGAGCAAAUAAACUUUGCGAGGAAAUCUUUAGCUACAUUUGAAAUUCCCUUGUUUAGGAUAAGAGUAGCUCAAUAUUCCUGGUCGAGGGUGUUUAGAACAGACUUAUCGUGACCUUUCUGAGGCAAGGAACCGCUGUUGAGACGUUGGAACUCUUUUUUGCGUGCCUCGAGUAUAAAUAGUGUGCUUGCUUGCUUAUAGCAUGGAAACUGAUCUUUGAUAAAAUGGGCUGCGUUCAAAGUAGUGGACGUUGUAAAUGGAAAUGGCGUAAACCGCCUAUCCAACUAGACAAUGUUAUUCAACAGACAGAACCCGAGGGAGACAUUGAGAAAGGACGAAAACGAAGCGAAGUACUACCGCUACCUCCGAUUCCUCUCUCAACCGAGUUAACGCUGCCGGCAGAACGUAAACUAUUUGUCGCUCUGUACGACUACGAAGCCCGUACUGACGAAGACUUAAGCUUCAAGAAGGGAGAAAAGCUUGAAGUAGUAAAUGACCUAGAUGGGGGAGAUUGGUGGCAAGCUAGAUCGCUAGUGUCAAACCAAGUGGGUUAUAUCCCAAGCAACUAUGUUGCCCCGCAAUCGUCAUUACAAAGCGAAGAGUGGUUCUUUGGUGCAAUCCGACGAGUUGAUGCAGAAAAGCUGCUCAUCAUGCAUGGAGAGAGUGGCUCAUUUCUCAUACGGGAAAGUGAGAGUAAACCUGGAGACUAUUCCUUGUCUCUUAGGGAUGGGGAUAAUGUGAAACACUACCGCAUUCGAUGCCUUGACAAUGGAGGAUUUUAUAUUGCUCAUCGUGCACAGUUUGCGACCUUGAUAGAUCUAGUGGAACAUUACAACAAGGACUGUGAUGGACUUGUCAGCAGACUAAAAAAGCCAUGCCCAGCUAUAGAGUUGCCGACGAUAAGUGAUCUGGCUUUUAACAUGAAAGACCAAUGGGAGAUCCCAAGGGAGUCGGUUCGUAUUCUCUCCAAGCUUGGACAAGGGCAAUUUGGAGAAGUGUGGGAAGGGUUGUGGAAUAACACCACUCCUGUUGCUGUCAAAAUGUUAAGACCAGGAACAAUGUCUGCCUCUGCAUUUUUAGCAGAGGCACAAAUUAUGAAAAAGCUACGGCAUCCUAAACUGGUACAACUUUACGCUGUCUGCACAAAGGAAGAGCCAAUAUACAUUGUGACAGAACUGAUGGGCCAUGGAAGUUUACUGGAUUAUUUGAAACAGCCUCUCAAUUUGUUACGGCUUCCCCAGGUUAUUGACAUGGGUGCCCAGAUUGCUGCUGGAAUGGCUUACUUAGAGAUCAAUAAUUACAUCCAUCGUGAUCUGGCUGCACGGAACAUUUUAGUUGGGGAGAAGAACAUAGUAAAAAUUGCAGAUUUUGGACUGUCCCGGCUCAUUGAUGAGGGGGAGUAUACUGCCAGGGCAGGUGCCAAGUUCCCAAUAAAGUGGACUGCCCCAGAAGCUGCUUUGUACAACAAGUUUACAAUUAAAUCAGAUGUGUGGUCAUUUGGAAUACUGCUCACAGAGCUUGUGACCUAUGGACGCAUACCUUAUCCUGGUAUGGGCAAUGCGGAGGUGCUAGCCCAGGUAGAGAGAGGGUAUAGGAUGCCUUGCCCUAUGAAAUGCCCACCUCUUUUGUAUCAAAUAAUGCUAGAUUGUUGGAAACAGAUUCCAGAAGAGAGACCAACUUUUGAGACAUUGCAAUGGAGACUGGAAGACUUUUUUGUGAUGGAUACAACAGACUAUGCUGAGUACAAAGACUAGUGUAGGCCCAUAGGAUCAUGCCGUAAACUCUUUAUUUAUUAUUUAUAUUACCUUACAUACUUUCCGUACCACCAUUCCAUGUAUUGUGCCACGUAUGCAGUGCUUUUAUUGCUGUUUGAAUAAUGUAAAUAGGAAUUUAAGGUAUUUUAGAACAACAAAAUGUUUUUAAUAGAUAUGUUAGUAAGCUAGUCUCCAGAAACUUUUAAGGAUCAUUUAUAAAUAUUAGUAUAUAAAUAGAUAUUUAGUUUUAUUUUUUGUUUAUACUUUUUUGUAUGUUAUCUUUUCUUUAAGCAAUUUAAAUUGCUUCAUGUAAGAUAGAGGACAAUAAAAAUUGUUUCUGUUGAAA